UAGAGCGCCGGUGCGCAUGCGUUAACAUUUUCCCGCCAAACGCCGAACGUGCCGAGUCGCUUCCAAAAAUUAAAUUAAAAAACAGUUUUAUGUCUAAUUAGUGCGAUAUUUAUUUUAUAUUUAAAUUUAAAAAUUUAAAAUAUAAUUGGAAUUAUGUUAGAUUAUAGAAUUAUGAAAAUUAAAAUAUGUUAAUAUAAUUUAAACUGAUGAACUCGGAUUUAUGACGUCAAUAAUAGUGUUAAUAUUUAAAAUUAUUUAAUAAUUAAAUAUAAAAUAGGCGUGUGUAAAUAUGCUGUCUGUGGUUAGCGUCGUGAUGUAGUCACGAUGUGGUUGGCUGUAGGACACCUGCUGCUAUUGUGUGAAGCUUAUGCGGCUUUUGCUUACAACAUCAGCUCGAAUGGACACAGCGAUCUGCGGUUCCUCCGUUACCCGGCGCACAAGUCACACGUGCGUCGCCAGCGGACCAUCCCAGCGUCGACUCCGUUUCCGUGUGAGGACGCCGUCCGAUGGGGCCGUAGUCCCCAACCACCCACAUCAGUGCACCGACUGCGACCUGGAGACAUCGACGUGGUGGCAGCCCUGGGAGACUCACUCAUAGCAGGCAAUGGAGCAUUGGAGGAGUACGCGUUGGGGGCUCUGAUCGAGCAUAGGGGUGUUUCUUGGUGUGCAGGAGGGGAUAAAACGUGGCGAGAGUACCUCACACUACCGAAUAUCUUAAAGGAGUUCAACCCUGAGCUGCGAGGUUAUUCCACGGGAACAGGCGAGUGGUUCUCAAAGAACGCACGGCUUAAUGUCGCCUUCCCCGUAGCAUCGGACGAAGAUGCGCUUAAACAAGCCAAGAUAAUCGUGGCUCGCAUGCGAGCAUCACCGGAUAUCGACAUUGAGAGGCACUGGAAGAUGGUGACGGUGUUCCUCGGAGACAACGACAUCUGUUCGGCGUCGUGCACUUCUCCCAUUGCGUGGUCACCGUCCGCGCACGCGAGGAAGCUGUCCAAAGCGCUAGACUACCUACACGCAAACCUUCCCAGGACAAUCGUCAACCUAGUGCCAGUGUUGGACGUGUCGGUGUCGGUGCGCGUGGUGCGAUCGGCGAUGUGCCGCGCGCUGCACUCGCUGUUCUGCGCGUGCUUCCACCGCGGCGGCGGCGGCCGCGAGCUGCACGACCUCGUGCACAUGUCCGCGCUCUACCAGAAGGCCGAGGCCAUGCUGGUGGAGAGCGGUCGCUACGACACUCGCGACGACUUCACGGUGGUGUGGCAGCCGUUCAUGAAGCUGUUCAACGCGCGGCCCCCACUCAAGACUCCGCUGCCGCUCGUCAUCCACCAGUCGUACAUCACGCACGACUGCUUCCAUUUCUCGCAGAAGGGGCACGCUUUGGCGGCGAACCUUCUGUGGAACAACCUCCUGGAACCAGUUGGCAACAAAUCGGAUAACGUUCCUCCAGUACUGAUGCGCGAGUUCCGCUGCCCGUCCCCGGAGGCGCCGUACAUCUUCACAGCGAAGAACUCCAGGAGUUACCUCCUCACCGGGCGACAGGACAUUGAUUUAUGAUAUCGUUAUUUAUAUAACUUGGUAAGAACUGACGGCUCACCUGAUGGAAAGUGGUCACCGUCGUUUAAAGACGAGAACAGCGAUAGGAAUAUCACAGGAAGCUGUGACGUCAUUAUAUUGUUAUACCACUCAUGGGUCAUCGAUCAAUAAUAACAAUUUCAGACACACAAAUAAUAUUGACAUAUUUUUUUUUAAUUUUUCAAUACUUUUAUACUGAUACGUAAAUAUAAUAAAUUACUCUUUUUUCUAUUUAUCUAUACACGAUAUGCCCAACAAAGUACGUGCUAUAUAUGAAGUCCACUUUCUAUCAUCGUACGGCUCGCCAUCGACAAAGUUCAUCCUCAUACCCUACAGCCUAAAUGGUUGCGUACAACGCGGUUUCAGAGAUGUUUUCUCCCACGAACACUCAGGUUAUGGAAUGAGCUCCCUGCCGAGGUUUUCCCAAGAGACUACAGCAUGGGAUUUUUAAAAAGAGGGGUAAAGAGGUUUCUUCAGGGUCGGCAACGCGCGCGUAAUACCUCUGGUAUUGCAGGCGUUCAUAGGCUACGGAAACCACUUACCAUCAGGUAAUAUGCAGGCCGUAUGUUUGCCACCUCAGUGGUAUAAAAAAAUAUAUAUUAACAAGAUUUAUAAGAGUUCGGUAUGUUUAACUACAAAUCACUUGUUGAUAAGAAAUGAGUGCAUAAUUUGGUUUAGUGCGCUUUGUUUUCGGUGCCGUUUUCUAGUCUUCGAUUGUGUAUCUUGGUUUACUUACAUAUCAAUGGGCAUAACUCAAAAUGUUACAAUCAAAGCAAUGUACAUAGUUUUGUAUAUGUAUAUGUUUUAUAUAGGUAUAUGUACUGAAACGAUACAGAAUCGAACUCGGACUCCAAUGUGAAACCGGUAGCUCUAUGAGAAUGCGUUUUGUACAUAUAAAUUAUACAAAUGAAAUAUGUUUUGGUAUUAGUGGUGCCAUCUUUAUUCUAUAUUUAAAUACCAAAUAAUUAUUUUAUAAGUGAAAAAAAGUUACCUAGAAAAUUGUAUAUAUUGUGACAUUUUUGUAGUAGUUUUUUUUUUAUGAAUAAUAAAUUGUAU